UUUAAUUAUUAUUUUUUUGUUAUGAGUUCUGUUUAUAAAGAGGGUAAUAUAGAAAUAGGAGAAGAUGAUGAAAUACCUUUAUUAUUGGCAAAAUAUUGUCUUGAAUGUGAACUUUGUUUUAAAGAGAAUGAUAAUUAAAUGAUAUAGAAAAAUACUCCAGAUAUCAGAGAAAUUAGACUCAUAUCAGCAAAAGUCAUUUCUAAUGGGAAAUCUAAAAAAACUUAUAUUGUAGUUUGUGAUAAACAUCAUUAAAUUAUUGAAACUUUAAUAGAUAAACGCUUCUCGGUUAUAUAAUAUAGUGUGAAUUAAUUAGAUAUAAAAAAAGCAAAGCUUAUUAAAAUACGUAAUAUCAAUUUACUUUAAGCACUUUAAUAAAUACAAAAUAAUUAUUGUUGUAGAAUACUUAAAUUUAGAUAUUCUAAUAUAGAAAAAUAAAUAUAAAGGCUUAAUCAUGAUAAUUAAGAAGAAAUUAUUAAAAGUGCUUGUGAAUAGAAAAAGAAAAAUUUAGAAUUAACAAAGAUUAAAUUUUAAUUUUAUGUUGAAAAUAAAGAAAAGAUGAUACUUAAAUAAAAGUUAUUAAUCUAUCAUUUUUAUAAAAGAUUGGAAGCAAAAACAUAUUAGAAAAUUGAUAAUUUUAAAUUAGAACAAUAAAAUAUCGAUACAAUUUCAUUGUCAAUGUCAGUACCUUUAUCAUCCUAAUUUUUUAAAGAUUGA